GUUGUGUUUUGGUGUUUUGGAAGCGCGUUACCAACAGUAUUUAUGAAUGUCUGUCAGCGCUUCACUCCUGUCUGAAAAUGGGUUACUUGACGUUAAUUUGGGCAUUUUUUGUUUUAGGAAUCGUUCAGAUAUCUACCACGGACGGAGACACUUCUAUAACAGGACCUGAAGUAAACGGAGAGGGUGAUUUGAUGUCAGUGUCAGCUGCGCAUUUUAUGCCUGUCGCCGCCUCAGCUCCCGAAGCUCACAAGUCCGGUUAUUACUUUUCUCUCAGCUUGUCGUCUUCCUUUCCCGAAGAUCUGGAGGUCAGCGACUAUUGUCUGAAUCUACUACGUAUCUUUGGCGAGAGAUAUGUAACGUACGUUAACUGCUCUGUGUCGUAUGCGCGCCCUGUCAAAAUGUGCGAGAAAUGUUACAUGAAUUACAGCGACCUGAGGGACAUUUACAAUAACAUCUCAUCUGAAUCGACUGGUCCAGGGAAUGAGAGUUGCUAUGACAGUCUUGUUCGCUCAGACCGGCUGAUGCUGGUCUACAUGCUCGACAGCAGCUUAAAGGAAAUCUGGUCUGUGGCCUCGUGCUCAAAUUGUCUCACAAAGAAUGAGACAGCUCUGAGUAACGACACACUGAAUUUCCUCGCUGUUCUCAACAUAUCUCUCAGCUGCUUUGAGAAACAGCAACAGGGGAAUUACUCAGAGCUUUGUAAAGAAUGCAAAGCACCGUACCGCCGCCUAAGUGUACUUUACAGUGAAAUGGAGAAGAAUCACACACUCUGCAUUGACCUUGAGGAUGCGAUGAACGUGACUCGGCGUCUGUGGAGUAAGAAAUACGGCUGCUCGUUCCCACGUGAGGAGACGGUGCCGGUCAUCGCCGUGUCGGGCUUCAUGCUAUUCCUGCCCGUCAUCUUCUACUUGAGCAGCUUCCUGCACUCGGAACAAAAGAAACGCAAACUCAUACACCCUAAGAGAGCGAAGUCCAACCACAGUCUCAUGAACAUUCAGGACAAAUUCAGCUGAGCUGCAGACACAGAGGGAAGACAAGGAGGAAGACUAGAAGGUUCCAAAUGAGGUCACUAUGCUACUGAUUGGGUUUGGCUACAGAUUUUUUGUUUUUUUUAAAUCUCAUGUUCAGGAGAUUUUCAUUGUGUGGAGAGUGGACUGCACAGCAAGCUGGCCUCUUUUAUGAAACAGUCUAAGAAGAGUUUAAGAGAGUCCAAGAGACUGGCUAGCUGUGCUAGACCGUCACACACACACACACACACACACACACACACACACACACACACACACACACAUACACAGUACCCCUCAUAAUGCCCUCCUCAGUCUUCAGUGUAGAAGACUAAAUUCAAGUGGACCCUUCUAACUUUGUGUAUAAACGCACAGGCUCUCUGUGCUUUUGAGACAUUUUUAAUGGGACUGUGGGUUGGUUCAAGACUGAUGAAAUAUGAAAGCAACUACGGCACUCCUUCUGUCACUGCUCUGAAGGUUGGAUUAAUGCAAAAUAACUAUUUCUUUAUGACUUAGAUGUGCGAUGCCUGUCUCCUGUCUUUCAGGGAGUGAACACAGGUCAAAUACCCAUACAUUUUACAUACAUAUUUGAUAUAUGACUGCUGUUUGAUAUGAGAGUAGGAAGCAUAUUUUGCUACAUUUGGCAAAUUCUUUACUUCUUAUGUUUCCAUAUUUAUGAAUAAUUUUUUGCAUUUGCUGCUUUUUGUUUUCCUGCUUUAUUGUUUUGUGUGUAUGUUUGCAGUUGUGGCUGUUGAUGAAACAUUACAGGUUUUGAGAAUUACGAAUAAUAAUAACAAAAUAGUUUUUUAAAUUAUUUUGUGUCAGAAAAAGAGAAGUCGUUGGAUGUAUAGUCUUCAAAGCCCUGUUGCUUCAGUCAGGUUUGAAUAUAUGAUCCAUUUGAUUUUUUUUGUUGAUUUUUUUUGUCCUGAUGUUUGCUUCCGGUGCGUGUUCACACAGUGUAUAAUAGAACAGAGUUAAGAUCACCUGUUCCAUCUCCUCUCUCUCUCUCUCUCAUGUCCAUUAGUGGGCCCCAUUAAUAGCAACCCCCUCUGAGGAGGUCAAAGAUGGUUUAUGGAGAGAGAUGGAGUGAGAGAUGGAGUGGGGGGGGGGGCGAAAUGUAGAGGAGUAGGGAGCGGGAGAAAGACGGGAGAAAUGGAAUGAGCCGGAAGUGAGCUGGAGUGUGGAUAGAGAUGGGUUAUAGAGGGAGGGAAGGUUGAGGAGAGAGGGAGAGAGAGCUGAUUCGACAGCCACACCACUUCUUUUCUUCAUACUCCCUUUUAACCCUGCUGUUCGAUUGUGUGUGUGUGUGUGUGUGUGUGUGUGUGUGUGUGUGUGUGUGUGUGUGUGUGUGUGUGUGUGUGUGUGUGUGUGUGUGUGUGUGUGUGUGUGUGUGUGUGUGUGUGUGUGUGUGUGUGUGUGUGUGUGUGUGUGUGUGUGUGUGUGUGUGUGUGAGACUGUGAGCUGAUGUGUCCUGUUGUUUUUCCAUUUUGAUCCACAUUUUCUCCUUACCUCAACAUUUCCCAGCUGGAAUGGCAAGGUGUGCUGUACCCAUAGCGACCAUGUUUACGACAACAAACUUUUUUUGUUGUUGCAUUUGUCAGUUUAAUUAUGAUUUUCGCCUUAUAUGCUGUUUACUUAUUUCUUUAUUGCACUUUUUUCCCCAAAAAUAUGGAGGUUCCUAGUGUAAAGCAAAGAAAAGACCCCAGAUUUAAACACAAAAAAACAUAAGGUAGCCAAAUAGACACCAUAGCACUAUGUGCUAAUGUGCAACAGGACUACUCAGAAAGCACUUUACACUUACUGAAUGAUUUCUGGUGUAAAUAAAUGGUAAAUUUUUGUAAAUAAAUAAAGCUAAUUAAGUGUGGUA